AGUUUGUUAGUUUAUUUUUUUAUUUUUAUUUUUUAUUUUUUUAAUCUUAUUAGGUUUUUUUGUUUGUUUGUUUUUAAUUCCCUUUUGAGAUGCACUGUAUUCCUGAUCUGCAUUCCUUGAAUGUUGCCCUGUUAAUGAAGGAGCCAUCUGGGAUUUCACUGAGACUGGAGGGGGCUGCUGCUGAUCCUGGAUGUGCCUCUCUGCACAGAGUAGUGGGGGAUAGGAGAUAGUGAUUCUCAGCAUCAAUACACUGAUUGGCUCACCCAGCUCUGCUCGCUGUCCAUGGUGCUCAAGCUGAGGCUCACUAGGGUCCACUGGUAGCUGGGAGCACACGGUGCAGUGAGCAGACCUGGAUAGUGGGCGCUGUGAGACUAGAGCGGAGAAAGCAAGAAGGGGAGUAAAGCUUUGUGCACCCUCUGCUCGCUCACGGUGCGCGCCCCCGCCUGCAUCUGCCAGCCUCUCUCUGUGUGAGUGUCUGAAUGAACAAUACUGAAACACUGGGACCACAUCAUCCUACCAUUCCUUUUCACUCCAGGAACCAGGGCAACCCACCAGCUUUCACCAGCAAACAGAUUUUUUUUUUUUUUUAUAUCAGCCCCUCUCUUCCAUUUUCUUGGGUUUUAUUUUUGUUUUCUAUUUUUUAUUUAUUUUUUUGCUGGUGGAGGAAGAUUUAAUAGAAUUCCAGAAAGUAUGCAGCUGAUCUGAUUUAAGAGGUCGACUAUCACAUUUUUUUUUUUUUUUUUUUAAAGAGGAGGUAUUUUCUGGAUGCUGUAUUUUUCUUGGAAAUGCAAAAGAUUAUGCAUAUUUCUGUAUUAUUGGUUGCUGUUCUAUGGGGACUGAUUAUUGGAGUAUAUUCGAACGGCAUACAAAUAGGAGGGUUAUUUCCAAGGGGUGCAGAUCAGGAAUACAGUGCAUUUCGGGUAGGGAUGGUUCUGUAUACCACUUCAGAGUUUAGGCUGACUCCCCAUAUUGACAAUCUCGAAGUGGCCAACAGCUUCGCGGUCACCAAUGCUUUCUGCUCCCAGUUUUCAAGAGGAGUCUUUGCUAUUUUUGGAUUUUAUGAUAAGAAGUCUGUAAAUACUAUCACAUCAUUUUGCGGAACUCUUCAUGUCUCUUUCAUAACGCCAAGCUUUCCAACAGAUGGUACUCAUCCAUUUGUUAUUCAGAUGAGGCCGGACCUCAAAGGAGCACUUCUUAGUUUGAUUGAAUACUAUCAAUGGGACAAAUUUGCAUAUCUCUAUGACAGCGAUCGAGGUUUAUCAACACUGCAAGCUGUGCUGGAUUCGGCGGCUGAGAAGAAAUGGUUAGUGACUGCAAUCAACGUAGGCAACAUUAAUAAUGACAGGAAAGAUGAAACGUACCGUUCCCUUUUCCAAGACCUAGAAAUAAAAAAAGAAAGAAGAGUGAUUUUGGACUGUGAACGGGACAAAGUCAACGACAUUGUAGAUCAGGUUAUCACUAUAGGAAAACAUGUUAAAGGAUACCACUAUAUAAUAGCAAACCUGGGCUUUACAGAUGGAGAUUUAUCAAAGAUUCAGUUUGGAGGAGCUAAUGUGUCAGGAUUUCAGAUAGUGGACUACGAUGAUCCAGCUGUAGCAAAGUUUAUACAACGCUGGUCAACAUUAGAAGAAAAAGAAUAUCCUGGAGCUCAUACUUCUACCAUUAAGUAUACGUCAGCUUUGACAUUCGAUGCAGUCCAAGUAAUGACAGAAGCAUUCCGUAGUUUACGCAAACAAAGAAUAGAAAUCUCAAGAAGAGGCAAUGCUGGGGAUUGUCUUGCAAAUCCUGCUGUUCCAUGGGGACAUGGAGUAGAAAUUGAAAGAGCAUUAAAACAGGUUCAAGUAGAGGGAUUAACUGGAAAUAUAAAAUUUGAUCAGAAUGGUAAAAGAGUUAAUUACACGAUCAACAUUAUGGAACUUAAAAGCAAUGGUCCUCGUAAGAUUGGAUAUUGGAGUGAAGUUGACAAAAUGGUUGUUACUAUAACCGAUGUUCUGUCUGCAAAUGAUUCCAUGGGCCUUGAAAACAAAACUGUUAUUGUUACUACUAUUUUGGAAUCGCCAUAUGUGAUGUACAAAAAAAAUGCAGAUCAAUUUGAAGGGAAUGAAAGGUAUGAAGGAUACUGUGUUGAUUUGGCCACGGAAAUAGCGAGACAUUGUGGAUUUAAGUACAAGCUAACUAUUGUCGGUGAUGGCAAGUAUGGAGCCCGAGAUGCAGAAACUAAAAUCUGGAAUGGAAUGGUUGGAGAAUUAGUCUAUGGGAAAGCUGAUAUUGCAAUCGCUCCAUUAACUAUUACAUUGGUGAGAGAAGAAGUGAUUGACUUCUCAAAACCUUUUAUGAGCCUGGGGAUAUCUAUCAUGAUCAAGAAGCCUCAGAAGUCAAAGCCUGGAGUGUUUUCCUUUCUUGAUCCUUUAGCAUAUGAGAUCUGGAUGUGCAUUGUGUUUGCGUAUAUUGGGGUCAGUGUAGUCUUAUUCCUGGUCAGCAGAUUUAGUCCAUACGAGUG